ACAGGCGACUGUUUGCGCCUCAAUCACCGGUGGGCCGAUCAAAACCAUGCAAAGGCUGCCCUGCUCGAUCUCAAUCAGGACUUUAUAAUCUCCAUCGCUGUGGCGCAAAAUGGAUGCUGCUUGGAGCAAUUUUCUCUUCCAGAAUACUCCCACCCAAAACCAAGUGGAGGGGAGCCUCCAAUCAGAGCUCAUGCAAGUGCAUACGAGUUCUCCCCAAACCCCACCCACAGAGCACAUAGCACAGCCUCCUUCAACUGUGGACACUGCUGCUCUCAGUGAGGAACCCCUGCCUGGUGAGGGACACUGCACUGCAUCCUACACCUGUGGAGCUGACAAGAUGAAGGCAGUGUCUCGGCCGGCCCGCGUGCCCCACAUCUGUGCCAUCUGCAACAAGCAGUUCAAGAACAACUACAACCUGCGGCGGCACCAGUCGGUCCACACUGGGGUACGCAUGAAGGACAGGGCCAGAGAGCAGGCGGAGGGGGCAAAGGAGGGAGCGGCGGGCCAGGUGGCGGCCCCGUCGGCGAUGGCGGUGGGGGCUGGAGGGAGGGUGGAGAGGCCCACUGUUCCCCUCUCCCUGCUACACCUCUCCGCACCUCCCCCUCUCGGCCCUCCCGGCGUGCUGGCGGGGGCCCUGCAGCCCCCUCUGAGUAGUCAGGAUGGUGAAGGGGUUGCCAUGGCUAACGUAAUGGCUAGUGUUAACCCCCACGCUCCGCCUCCUGCUGCUGUCGUCAUGGCCACAGGGGCGACAGUACAGCGGCCCGCAAAUCCCAACCCAAACCCGGUGAGGAAGAACCACGCCUGCGAGACAUGCGGGAAGGCUUUCCGCGACGUUUACCACCUCAACCGCCAUCGCCUGUCCCACUCAGACGAGAAGCCGUUCUCCUGUCCCAUCUGCCAGCAGCGCUUCAAGAGGAAGGACCGCAUGAGCCACCACGUGCGUUCCCACCAGGGCGGUGUGGAAAAACCUUACGUUUGCCCCCAUUGUGGCAAGGCCUUCUCCAGGCCUGACCAUCUAAACAGUCACGUCAGACAGGUGCACUCCUCGGAGCGACCCUUCAAAUGCCCGACCUGUGAGUCCAGCUUUGCCACGAAGGAUCGUUUGCGUGCGCACAUGAUUCGCCAUGAGGAGAAGGUCCCCUGCCACAUCUGUGGGAAGCUCCUGUCUGCUGCUUACAUCACAGAUCAUAUGAGGGUGCACAACCAGUCACAGCACCACGCUUGCCAUCUCUGUAACCGCAGCUUCACCACGCUGACGUACCUUCGUGUCCACGCCCAGAAGCACCACGGCCAGGAGUGGAAGGACAGUCCGGGGGGCUUCGGCGGCACAGCCUCCGGUGGCAUACUCGUCUGCCACUUGUGCGGCAUCCACUGCAAGACACCCACCCAGCUCCAGGGGCACAUGGGCACCCAUGGCAACAGCCAGGGUAUCCCGAGUCCCAUCACCUCUAAUGUGGCUGCCAGCAGCUCUGUCUCCCUUAGCAACAUGGUGACGGCGCCUACUGUGUAUGUCACCGGCAACACGGUGGUGGACUUGCUUGUCACAGACUGCUCGAGCAUUGCGGCGCCACAGUCCCACAGUUAGCAGCAAUAAUAACCUCAAACCUUUAACAGAGGGCAAGGUUAGAGAAGGUUAAAGUUACGAGUAGAUGUUGAUUCGGUUUCACCUUUGUAAUGUUCCCACUUACAGUUAAGGGGUUAGGAUUAAAUAAUAAGGGGGGGGGAUUAACUCCAGUCAGCGGUCAAGGGCAGUAUCACCUCAGAGCUGCAGAGCAUCGGAGGAAAGGAAGCUGUAUUAAUAGAGCAAUGAACUCACAAAAAAAUAAAUGACCUUCGUGGCUGCAGCAAGUUUAUUGACACUAACGACAAACAUGGAUGUGUUGUCCAAAUCUCGUGCUUUUAAGACUCCAAUGAAACUGUGGUAUUGUGAGCAUCUACUGUAUUACUCUCCCCUCUCUGCCCUCUCUCUCUGGCUCCUCCCCUUAACCCUGGCAUUGGCUGCUCUCUGCAAGUGCACCAAGUACUGUAUAUCUCACACCAGCUCUGAUCUUACCUCCAUUUUGCAGCUCACUUACUAAGAAUCCAAAUGGCUUGCGUUAAGUAGUAGGGAGAGAAUAGCUCUCAGAAGACGUAAUGAAGAAACCAGUAGAAAGGAAAGUCGUGUGUGAGUGUGUGUGUGUGUGUGUGUGUGUGUGAGUCAGGGUUUAGCAUGUUAGCUUGUUUGUUCACAAAACUAAAAAUCAACAUUUGAUUUUGCAAAGCUGUGUUGGCAGUUUAUUAAGUCUCUCGAGGGCUGUUUGAUCAGGACAGGAGGCCAUACGUGUGGCGGUCGGUAUGGAAUUGUGGGAUGUACUUUGUUCAUUUGUUUCCUAAAAGGUACAGAGAUAGGAAUAAAAGUUGUGUUCAGGAGUGUCAAGCACCUUAAAUCGUUAUUGUUUUGAUUCAGCGAGGAUCAAAAUGGGUUUGAGAUUUCUUGGAUUUUCUUGCUCUCGAGUCUUCCUCUCUGCGUCUGGCCAUAAAAAUAAAAAUGAAAAAAAGAAACAUAACUGCUAAUCAACACUUCAGCUUCUGACAUGGCAACUCUUGCACCAGAAAACGACCUUUUGCAUGAAAAUAAGCUAGCUCAGCUUAUUGUUAGGGAGCUGUCAUGACAAAAUAAACUUUUUCGCAGUUCCACCAAGAUAGUUGGCUGUAAACAAUAAUAUUUAUAAAAGUGUUGAUUUUUAUUCAGACCAUUUUUAACAUUGUUGGCCAUUCAUUUGAUUGUAACUGUCAUUGCCAUAGUCCUUCUUUGUUUUCUCUAUGUACCAGUCCAAUGAGUGAAACUUAUGCAUUAGAUUUUAGUCAUUUAACUCUGUAUAGCACAUAAUGCUCCGAACGCAAGUCAUUAUCGUUAUACAUUAAUCACGUGAAGAAUGGUCACAUGUCCGUUGGAUAUCUUUGGUUGCUUUUGAGUUAUAUUGUGAGUGAUGUGGUGUCGAGGAAAGGGCUUAUAAAGUCAAAAGUACAUUGGAAGUUUGACAACACCACUCGGUAUGCUGUAAACAAAUCCUGGUUUUGUACUGGAGUGCUUUUUCAGUUUUGUGUUAAUAUGUUACCUUGAAAUUCGUAGACUUGUUUCUUUCUUCCUUUUCUUUUUUUCUUUGGAAAUGUGUUCUUCCUGUUGAGAAAAGUAGUGAUUUUAUUAAUAAUUUUUUAGGUUUUUCUCCAUCCUACUAAGAAAAGAAUAAUACCUCUACCCUAGGAUUCUGUACAGCUCUUGUGAUACAUCUUAAUGCCUUAUCGUACUCAACUGCAUUUUAAUUCUUUUAUGAUGAUAUAUUUCAAAUCUUAGUCAUGGAUUCAUUAAGAAUAUUAAUGGGAUGUAUUUAUAUUUAUAUUUUUAUAUUUCUCAACAGUAUGCAUGUCUAAAAGGUUGUUAGAGCAAAAAAAAAAUAUUGAUGAUGCUUAAUACAGUCAUAAAUAUUAUGUUAUUUUGUAGAUGAAGUAGAGAUCAUGUUAUUAUUUUGUAAUUUGGACAAUUUAAAGUAAAAAGAGUAAACGGG